AGGAUCACUAUCCUGAACGACUUGGUUUGGCUUUCUUUGUGAACACACCUUGGCUUUUGCACAGCUUUUUCACUGCAGCAAGCGCUUUCUUGGACCCAGUGACCCUGGCAAAGUUCAACUUUGUCGCUGCUAAGCCGGAUUUCAAAACCGGAACAUACUUCUCUGGAUGCACUUCAGAACGAUCUUUAUGUAUUUCUUCAAGCACCUUAGAGUUAAGACGUGCUGGCGAGCCACAGGCAGCCAUGUCAACAUAUUUUUUUAAUGACGUGACAUAGUUAUGAAUCCAUAAUUACUUAUGUUUGCUGGAAAACCUGUUACGUUUUUUGUUCAAUGAUGUUUAUGUUUUUUAUUCCCUCCUUCCGCCACUUGCUGGAGUCCAGUAUGGAUUCCGAUGGCAGCCCAGAUCCUUCCAACCAUCAAUCCAUUAAAAGCAUGAACAGGUCAGUAUAAUAAACAGUUUUUUAAAGGAAACCUUGGAGCAUCAAACCAUCAAUCCAUGUCAUGCGCAAGACAUGUCCUGAAAAAAAACCCUAAGAAAAUCCUCGAGAUCGGCCCUUUGGCUCGUGUAAUUCGUCAUAACCUUAGUUGCUCACCUUGCUUUCCCAAUGCAAUUCAAUAGCAAGUUAUUCAAAUUCGAUGGAACAUGGGUGGAACAUACGCAUGCUAGGAGCAAGGACCAUCGCUACUAGGAGCAAAUGCUAUGAGGAAACAUCCGAUGUGAUGGCGCAACACUUUGACCUUAAUGCCUUGGAAAAGUCCUUUGGCGGUUGUGACGAAGAGCCGUUUUGCUCUCACAUUUUUUUAAGCACGCACAGCGGGCAUGGUGUCUUUGGUCUGGAGUAUUCGGAGCAACUCCGCAUGAGCCCCCAGGAUCUCAACACGCCCGACGAUUACAUGGAGUUUCUCCAUGUUUACCGCCACUGGCGUGUGCUGCGGCUCGGUGCUCAGAAGCGCCAUUGGCUACGACAGCUCGCCAAGCAGCUGUCAUCUGGACUUCAGGAGUUCAAAGACUACUUCAUCGAAGUUUCCAUUCUACUUCGCUACUUGCAAGUGCACGACUGGGAUGUCGACAAGGCCGCUGACGCUAUUUGUGCGACAGCACGUUGGCGGAAGGAGCAUCUUCCAGCCCUGGGAGAGGCUGAGACUGGACGUUGCUCUGCCGCGAUCGUGCGGGAGUGCGCACUUUGCCGCUUCUAUGUAAGAGGCUUCGAUUUGCGUGGUCGUCCCAUUGUUUACGUGAAGUUUCAUCAUGAAGACAGUGGCCACUACCAAGAGACGUUGAACUAUGUCAUCUAUGUGAUGGAACGAUUGGUGGCAGUGCUGAAGGCAAAUCACGAAAAGGAGGAGCCUGACGGCAAGGCUGCGGUAGACUGUGCCACCGUGAUUGUUGAUUUCACGGGUUAUGCGACAGGAAAUAGGCCACCGAUGAAGACCUUACUGGCGGCCUUGCGAAUUUUUCAGGAGCACUACCCGGACAUUUUUGGCGAUGUGUUCCUCUACAAACCACCCCAGCGAUUCUGCUUGUUGUACUAUGCGUGGCAGAAGGUCCACUGCUCAAGCUGCCUUUCUUUGCCCACCCUGAAGGGCCGGGCGAAGGUGACCUUAGUGACCUCCUUAUCACAGUGGAGAAGCAUCGCGCACUCCUACUUCGACUACACGAAGUUGGAAGCGUGCAUCGGGGGUGAAGUGAGACAGCCCUUCACCUCUAAGACCUUUCUAUCCAAGAAGGUCAACGGAGAGAUUUUUGGAACCGAGUUUGAGGCUCAGGCCUUAGUACCGGAAGAGAAGCGACAACGAGUGAGCUUCAGCAGCGUGGUCCAGAAAGUCGAGGAGAUCGCAGAGACACCUGUGAUUCACCACGAACCUUUGGAGCCGGAGGGUGUGGUGAGCAGCACCAUCAAUGCCAUCACUUGGAUCUUCAGAUGAUUUCAUCUUCCGUGAGGGCGCUGAUUGGAACUCUUCUGAACGGCUGAGGACUGACGAAUGGACGAAACCAGUCCAUUUGGAUGCCGAGCGCAGCCGCGAUGUCUUGUUUUGAGCCAAGCUCAGCCAACGCCGGGCGCACUGCUUUGCCGUUUGGGUUUCAACAGACGACUUGUCACGGGUGAA